AGAGCUCGACAAGACAAGUUGAUUCAACGCUUAUUGUGGACUAUUAUAAACUAUAAACAACGUGGCUGUUUUCAGCUGAAACUGACAUUUCAUUCGUUUUUUCACCCAUUAACCAUUUUCAAUCCAUUGACGACUUACUGAGGAAUUAUUUCCACAAGUUUAGAACAUUUUUAGGAUCAUGUCGAGUCACAGUCCAGCAACGAGUCCGAUUCCGCUUUCGAGUCCAACGGGGAGCACGGGGAGCAGCAAGUCUCCAAGUAGCAACUUGGAGCACGUCAAGAGGCCAAUGAACGCCUUCAUGGUCUGGUCACGGGGACAGCGCAGGAAGAUGGCCCAGGAAAACCCAAAAAUGCACAACUCAGAAAUCAGCAAACGGCUGGGAGCGGAUUGGAAGCUCCUUUCAGAGGAUGAAAAACGUCCAUUCAUUGACGAAGCGAAGAGACUGCGGGCGCUUCACAUGAAGGAGCACCCUGAUUACAAGUAUAGGCCCAGGAGGAAACCAAAGUCACUACUCAAGAAGGAUAAGUACGCUUUUCCUAUUCCUGUGAUUCCGGGCCUCCCUGGGAUGGGGAUGGGUGCCUACGGUAAUAUGGGACUUUCUCCUUACGUUUCGUCAGCAUUGACGUCUUCUUUAGAUUCGUUAUCUCAAGCGGAGAAAGCACGUGCGUUCUUGCCACCAGUGUCAGGACACUCUCUUUACUCGCAUCUCUCAGACGCCACGAACAAACUAGGAGAAGCCGCAGCAUCCUCACUCCGCGCCUCAGAACUGUCAAGUAUGUAUAAUCCUUAUGUUUCCUCACCAGCUUUAAGUGCUCUCAGUGGACUUCCACCCUCCGCCCAUAGCCAUUCGUCUAUGGGACAGUAUAUUGUGCCUUGCUGUCCACCGGGCGCCUACGGGAUGCCGCCUUCCCACUCCUCCCAAGACUUACACCGGCCGCUAACAUACGUGUUAGUCAAACCCGAGGACCAUUAUCGACAUCCUUUAGCGGGACCAGUGAUGUAGACACAUAGACUAUCUUAGAAUGUACAUAUUUAUGAAGGACAUUUGUAAAUACUAGUAGAUACGGGAUUCGGUUGUGAGGUUGUUCAGGAUGUGCCGCAACAAGGGAACAUUCUCCAAUUUGGUAGGUGUUUUCCAAGGUCUGUUUGGCAAACUUCACAUACCGAAGCCAGAAUCUCGUGGUGAUAUCUCAAAGUGCUAAUGGUAUGCAAGUGAAAAUUGCAUUUCCUAACCAAAGAAACAAACUUUAGGCCGUAAAAUGCCUUCGAUUCAUAUUGUAACGGACUUGACCAUGGGCACCUUGCUGUGUCCAUUGCACGAAUUCUAACAAUGCUUCAGUUGAAAUAGGACGAGGAUCCAAGGAAACUUCCAGGGGUAUCUGAUUGUGAACAAUUUCAGUAACAGCUUAGAAUAGUCGUUGACCGUCUGAUUUUAUCAGUGACACCAUAAAGUAUAGAACGCAGGACACUCUCAGCGCAACAUUUAAAAAAUCUCGACCCGGAGUUCAAUUUGGACACUUUGCCAGAUUCAGUCACCGACUUAACCCAUUGAGAAGGAUCACCUGAGAUUCGGAGCUGGCAAGAGUUUAGAAGAUUCGUCUACCGACCAGGCUAACCAUUGGCCAAGAACACUCAGCUCCCGAAACGUGUAUAUUCUAUCAUGACACUGACGAAAGCGAUUUGCUUAAGUUCUCAACUCACUUGGUAACUUUGUAAUUUGUAUCUUCUCUGGUGUGGCCUGACCACGUUUAAGGUAUGUAUCCUCAUUGAUAUCCAAUUGCCAUGUACAUGCAUGCAUACAUUUAUGUACAGUUGCACUUAACGGUAAAAACGUACGCCAUCAGCGGCUGGGCAAAUGGUUAAUGGAAUGUGGUUGAAAAGGUGUCUUGUAAUUGUUUCCCUUAAACAACCGCAAGCUGAGAUAAGUUUUUUCAUCUCUUUUGCAAUAUAUUUUUUCUACUAUUUCGAGAAGAUAAGUACACAGUGUGCCAACGUAUGUAACGUGUACAUGGAUUGUAUGUCAAGUACGAUGGAACUCCGAAGCAGUCGUAGGUUUCUUGUAGUCGUUAAGUUGACCAUUGAGGUUCUAUUUAACUUUACUCUAUAAAAAUUCGUUUUUGCAGGACUUGCCUAGUGUUUUGCCGCUAUUUCUCUCUCAUUAACUGCAUUUUUAUGAUAAAUUGAGUCAAAUCUUCUCAAAGUUAUCAUACCUUAAGCCAUCGUAAGUUCGUCCUUGUCUGAAACUAUCGGAUGACAAAUGCUGUGUUCAAUCGGUGCAUGUUGACACAUAAUACCUAUCACUUCAAUAGAAAUCAAUAAACAUUAGACAUGGCGAGUUUUGGGUAACUUAGUGACUAUGUUUGGGACUUUGUGAAUUUUGGUAUAUUCUCUCAUAGAAACUUUAUUCAUACGGUUAACUGUGUAUAUCAAAUGUGUUAAACGAAAUAGGCAUAAUACUCAAGACGAGUAGUUGAGUUAGGCAGCAAUGUAUUGGAAACUUGGUAAUUUAGAACAGUUUUUGAGUCAAGGCAAUAUAGCCUGGUGUUUGUAUCAUAAUUUCACUUUGUUCUGAGUUAAAUACUUCGAGCCAAUCUUGCUAAGGUGAUUUUUUUUAAAUUGUUGGGUAACUUGUGUCUCGGCUUCAGUACUCGUUAUCAGGAAAACACGGUCAAUCGUCACACAUUUCUGUGUUUGAUCUAUACAAAUACUGGUACAUCCAUCGGAUACCAACUGCAAUUUCGAUUCAAGUAUCAUAUCUGGUCAUACUAAAAUCAUCAUGCUUAAUCAAGUUAAAAGGUGUCCUCAGUGUCAUGCUUAAGUCUACAAUUAGAAACGUAUACUUAAGUAAUUGGUUUUAAAGGUGUCAUGCAUUUAAAACGCCAUCGAUUACUGAAGAGUUCUCUAAACCCCGAGUUUUUAAGGUGUCAUACUUGAAAAAUCUCCUCGGAGGGCGACGUACUUCAAUCGAUUUAAGAGGGUUUCAGACUUAAAUAUUAGAUUCGAAAGGACUGGUGUCAUACUUUUGAUAAUCAUGCGUAAAUUUGAAUGGUUUCUGAUGGAUGUGCGAGUACACCUCUAUCUUAUCACGCAUAAGUUCCGGAAGACUCUGACCUAAUUUAGUGUGACUAUCUUUGAUUUGAAGUUCAAUUUGAACGGAUUUUUAUUGACUAAAGCAAACAUUGCUGCAGUUUUCAACUUCUUUCGCCAAUUUCUCUAGUUUUCUCAUUUUUUGCAUGAAAGUUUUUUAAGGAACGAAGAUAUGGCUGGCAAAUAUGUAACAGGUCUGAUAUAGGUGCAGUUUGUUCAUGCACAUGUGUCCCGCUGACAAUUCUACAUCACACAACGAUGGUGGAGCAGCAGCUAGACAUGCCAGUGUGAUGAAACUUGGCAUAUGUAGUAUUUCUACAAGUCUUAAGUGUUCUGAAGUGAACAGCGCAACAUCGUGUCCUGCAGUAUUGAUAUUUAUCAAUAAUCUGGCCACAGUGUCAUGCUGACAUGCAUGAGUUUAUUCUUGACAGCGGUGGUAAUAAAUCAUGUACACGGGUUCCUCUACAGCACUGAUCACACCACGAGUAACACUGAUGGACAAUAGACUAAUUGAUCAAUUAAUUAGUGCUUAUUAAGUGGUGAAAGUGGUAUGGGUGUAAUAAAUGGUCGGCCGUAUAGCGGUAUAAUAAUCACCUUGACAGAGAAGGCUCGGAAAUCGUCUUAACAAUCUUUUUCUUUUACAAGAUUUUCUUUCUUUUUCUUGAUUAUAUUACCAACAUCACGAUUGCAGGUUCAGAAUGGAACUCUAAUUCGUUUUUUUUAUACCAUGUUUUGAUCAAGGACAUUCGAACUGUACUUGGACGCAAAAAGUCAAAAUAACAUUUCACUAGCUCCGUUUGGUAAAUGUUUGAUCGAAUUAAACUUUCCCUUGAUAUUUCCACUUCAGUUUUUUUCCAGAAUUUCAACCGGAUUUUGUAUUAGGGGCCAUUCCCCUUCAAUCAUAGGCCCUGCUAAACAGGGACUAUAAAGUUCAUGUGCUAUUACUUUUCUGGGCCAGGGGACAAAAAAUAGCUAAAAUUCUACAGCAGUUUUAUUGAACUUGUUUUUUUUUCUUCAAUGUCACUUGAAGUUAUGAAACCCUUCCUGCAAUUUAUUUACAAAAUGUUGCUUUUGUGUCGGAAUUGCCUACACUUAUGCUAAUGGAAAAAUCGAACCAUUCACAAUACUGGGGGUCGUUUUGCAACCUUUUAUUCUUUGGAAAAAGAAGGAAAGUUUAUUUCAAUUCAAACUGCUUUGUUCGCAAAAGAAAUAUUUUCAAAACCGAAUGGUGUUAUUUUGUGCCCAAUUAGUCUAUUGAGGUAGACGCUAUUAAAGUGAUUGAAAAUCUAUUGGAAUUUCAAGGGAGAAAGCCAUUGCUGUUUAAAUUAAUGUAUCUUAUUGUUUAGGCACUGGGAAAGCCUUUGGGAUAUUGCCCAACAAUAGCCGUAUACAUGUUCACCACUUUCUAAAAAGUGUGUUCGAAAACAUUAAACAAGUUGUCGAAUUUUUAAUUUGGUAUGGUGGUAAUUUCCAUACGUUAAUGUUACAGUCAAAAGUACGUUCUUUACCUCUCCCUUGUUGGGCGAAACAAGCUGACUUCGCUCAUACCAAGGCUGAUGCAAGACGUACAUGUACACACCAAUGCAAACAGUACAUACAUUUGACUCAACGCAAUCUCAACAUGUAUGUGCCUGUCCCAAACUCUUUUCUUUCCACAAAUAACUCGUUAUCAACAUCCUUAAUCCCAACAAAACAUAACGAACAACCACUUGCCCCCCUACCAACAAAAAUUUACCAUUAUUUGCGAACAACAGGCAAUUGUGCGCAGAAAUUCAAAAAAGGUUAAGGUAUUCUGCUAAGGACAAUGGUAUUUUCCUUCUACUCCAUUCAAGUCAGUCGUUAAUUUCCUUAAAAUGAGAUUAGCUCAUUAAGGGGCUUUGGACCACUCGUGAGCGCUCUAAGCUUGGUAAGCUCCGACAGGCCAGCGUGUUCUUGCAAGGAAAUGCAUAAAUGUUACAUUCCUAACGAAAACUUACUUAAAAUUACACAUGAAGAUACUAAGUCUUACUAUGUAUCAUUCAUGUGCAAUAUUUAUGCCAAAGAAACCAUGAUUUUUUUCAAGGUAGUCGAAAAUCUCUGCAAUGACAUCCAAUAUGUUCCGGAAUACGAUGACACUUCACUCAUGUUACUGACAAAGGUUGAAACCAUCUCCUACAAAAGCAGCAAAGUAAAAAGAAUGCUAAUGCCUAACCAUUAUUGAUCUAACAAUGUCAUGAUUGCACUUUCCAAAAGAACAAUCGUUAAUUGUCGGAAAUCCCCAAACAUACAUUUGUGUAUAAUUCCAUUCUUCUACAAACUGGUCCUUUCACUUGAGGUUCCUUGGACAACACACAAUGAUUGUUGGCUUGUUCUCUCCACAGUUAAUUGGCUUUUGUGUUUGGCCAAAAUCAAUAGGGGACAUUAUGGUUAUGAACAGGGACGAUUUGUCCUUAUUGCGAUUAUCGCGGUUUAUGCGCAAGUUUAGUCAAGCUUUCCUUUAGUGGCGAUAAAGGGCACGGUGAUGGUCCAAGGAGGGUGCGCCCUCAACACAUUGUUGUCUGAAGCAUUGUUUGGGAACAAUCAAUUAGUCAUACAUUCAGUGCUUAUAACACAGUAUGCAUCCGAUCAACAUUUAGUUUACUAAUACGUACAUGUACUAGAAAUAUGAAAUUGUGAGAAAUCGUGUCCUUUUCUACCAAGUCCAAAGUCAUGAGAAUGCCUUUACGGCUACUUCACCGAUAACGAUAGACUAGUGUCACUGGGAAAAUGCAGUAUGAGAUUGUAGUUGAAAUGUAUGGUGCUUGGUUGUACCUUUGACUACCCGCGCUGUACUCGAUGUUCAUAUACAUUAUACGAGGGUAAAAUUGGCAAAAAAGCCUUGGUUUGAAAAUUGAAGCAAUUAGGUCCGGAAAGUAUCUCUGGUGUGUUCACUGCUGUUCUGAUUCCCUAUCUCUUUUGGAUCUGUCCUCUACAACAAACGAUCAACAAAUUUUUGUUGGAUAGUUCCUCGGGUUUUUUUUUGUUUAGUUGGCACUUGUAACGUUUUCAUGACGCAACUGUCAGGUGCCAUUAUGACACAAGAUGGAGGCAUCCGUGUAAUAUUUGAUUAUACAUUAAGUGUACAUUGGCCAUUCGUCGUAUUCAAAUUGGAGUGCUGCUUUGACGAUUCGAAUUAAGCUCGAAUUAACCUAGAUUCAAAUUUAAAUGAAAAUAUGGAAAUGAUGUAUAUUUUUAACUUCUCUAGUAGUCUAGGAAUAUUGUGUAUAUUGCUCAUUAUUUGACAAAACUAUUUAUGUUGCUAAGCUGAAUUCACAACCUCUGGAACUGAUGCAAUUGAUUUUGAUAGGAAAUGCAAUUAAAAGUGUCAAAGUAAAUCCGUUUUUGCUCCGACCAAUGCAUAUUACAAAAAAUGUUGUGAAUACAAUACGGAAAACUUUGUUUUCAAUUGCUUCAGUUCCAAAAUGUUGCACGACUACGUGACCUUGAAAGGUCACCGUAGCUAAUUACAAUGUUGUUAAUUCCUGAACUAUUUUGUUGCAAUAUUUAGCGAGGGCAUUUCUCGUGGGGUGGAUAUAAACACCAGAACGGCAACCGAAACACACUCGGUUUUCCUUCCGAUGCUGCCCCGUUCCGUUCCGAUGGUUAUACACACCCUUUAUUUCUCGUGUUAUGUUGACUUGUGCAUGGCAAUGGUCUGUACAUUGAAAGAAACUGAACAGUGUUUUUUAAUAAAAUGGUUUACAGAUGA